CCGCAGGUUUUAGUGCUAUUUAAAUAGAGGAUCAGCUCGUUGAGUUGGAUUUUACUGUAACAGGAGAAAUGACAAGAGUGUUAAUAUAUACGGCAGAAUUUUAACUUUUCAUAAUUAGCCUGGGUGACUAAUGCAAUAAUACAUGAUCGACGUAUCUGAUAUUAUUCGAAAGAGCACAUGCUUCUGGAAUUGGGUGUUAUUUAGUUCGGCUCGUCAAUCUAAUGCGCAGAGCCUCUUGUGCUUGGCAAGCUGUUUUUACCUAAACCGUAUACCAUGUAAUGAAACAUUAUCAAAGGCAUUUACUCAGGAUGGGACUAAGCUUUCGUCUCAAAACCUGAUUAUAAUCUGUUUCGAUAUGCUUCCUGAGGUAGAGCAAAUCCGACGAUAUCGACGAGAGGGACUUUGGAGCUGUGUUCAGCUUUAAAAUAAACUCCGUUACUGAAAGACCUGUUGUAUGAGACGUCCCUCACAUUGUAAAGACUGCCAGGCCUGUCCAAGAGAGGCCGGGAUACGUUAUUAAUAUGGGGAAGGAAGAAUGCAGAGCGCUCCUGGAGGCAUUAAACAAAGUGGCUGCUUGUUACCGGCAUUUGGUUGUAACCAUCGGAGGAACGUCUGAUUCGCAGAACUUGAGAGAAGAGCUAAAGAAAACUAGGAAAAAGGCACAGGACUUGGCAGUAGCAAACCGGAAUAAACUCACUGUGUUCCUGAAAGAUAAAACCAUUAGCAAGGACGAUCGGGUCGAAUAUGAGAGGUUAUGGGUUAUUUUUACAACGUGCAUGGAAAUCCUGGAGGUAGACAUGAGAAAGGCAUUGGAGAUGGGACAGGAGUUCCAGCUGAAUGCACCCAAAAGGAAUCUCAUUCAGACAGGUAUGAGUGGCGGGACAACUGGUGUGGCUGCCAGGGCUAUGAGCGCUCAGAAUAUGAAAUACGAAGCAGACAGCAACAUCGACGUUGUUGAUUUGAAAGACUUAGAGAAUGAGAUAAACCAGGUGGGCGAAAUGAUGAUGGAGAUGGAGAUGAAGGUGAACGUUCCUAACUGGACAGUGGAAGCAAAACAGGACCCCGGUGCUGAGCUGCAGUCCACUAUUAGUGUCGGCGCUUCAUCUGUCGGCAUGAUCUCUUUAAACGAGCAAAAUAAGUCCGUCUGCGAUAUAACUCGCCUUCUGGCUGGUAUCAUAUUCACGGCCGUCCUGAUCAUCGCUGUAGUUUUAGCAGUUCUAGUUAUACAGCUAUCCUGAACUCCUAAAUAUAUUUGAACUCUCUCAGUGUUUACAGUGUCACGGAUUAUAAAAUGUUAUUGUCCUUUGACCUUUCAGGGGCUAGCUACUUUUGCCCAUUUUUACAUUUAUAACACAAAGAUCAUCUUUGUCUGAUUCGUGUACAUGACAGAAGUUGUUUUUAUCUGGUGAAUGCGCCUGCAGCAAGACAGUCUAUUUUUUCUUCAGAUUAAGAAGAAAAUAUACAAGGAAACAGAAAGCGAAUGAAGCAUGCUUUGGACAGAUACUGUACAUUAUACUAGCGUAAAGGAUUGAUGCUUUUUAAACACGACAGCGAUACGAUAGGGGAGUGACUUUUAACAAUGGUAAGACUAGGAUGGUCUUUCCGAUCACUUCUGGUUAUAUAGUUUCGCCAGUUACGGGAGCCAACCGUAGAAAAUGGCUGUCAGGCGCUGAAAUGUUUGUCUUGUUUGUGAUUUACCCCCGCCUUUUUAAAAAUGCUUUACGAUCCAUUAUAAACAACGGACAGAUGUGUCGGGAUUUACGUCGGGAUAAAGACGAAGAACACAUAUCCCUAGAGAUUAAGGAAGGUUUAUUGCUAAAAAUAGACAAUUUCUGAUUUGUGUUUUUCUUCUUUCAUUCCUGACGUUCACUUGUUAUGUAAACGAUAGGUUGAGAUACCUGUUAACUCAGCUGCCAUAAGGUCUUAUUUUACUUCUUUAAAGGGUUUCGCGUGGUUACAGCACAUCUGUAAAUGUCAGACCCUCCCCCCCCCGUCAAUCUUUCCUUUUUAACACCUUCGUUUGGUUUCUCUUUUUUUGUAUUUGUCCAGUUGACGCUAAUGUAAAUUAUCUGAAAUGUAGUGUGUGAAAAAAACCUUAGUCCAUCUGUCCAUUGCACAACCCGUACCUUUAUAAAGCUUGUAUACGUUUGUUUGCAGUGAUGUGCUCAAGUCGUACUAGGUGCAUCCUAAUUGUUUCAGUCAGGGGAAUGUGGAAAGGUGGAAAACACUUGUAAUUUUUUUUUAUUCUCUUUCGCAAUUUUUGCAGUAUGCAGUCAUGCCUGGUUAAUGUAAACAUUUCGGUCAUUUAUGAAAAUAAACAAAUGGUAAUUGA